CGCGUCUUCUACUUCAAAAAGAAAAAAAAGGAAAGAGAAAAGUCAAUUCGCAUUUCACUCCCGUCCUAAAGGUCGACUCGGGAUUCAAACACACUCCGAUUAAUUCUCUCCUUAAUUAUUUCGAUCCAGAUUUCAAUUAAACAAGAAGAAGAAGAAGAUGGCGUCGGAGCUGACGUACCGGCGACACGAGAUGGAGGUGGAGCAACCAGAAGCGCAAGCUCUCAAUCGGAAGCCGAUCAAGCCGUGGUUCGUAUCGAUUCGUCCUGUCAUCAGUUACAUGCUACGGGAACAGAGACUCCUCUUCGUUCUCGUCGGCAUCGCGAUCGCCACAUUAGCCUUCACGAUUCUCUCUCCGUCCUCCAACCAACCGAUCCCCAACUACUCGGAUCCGAUUUCCGGAUCCUCGUUGUCGGUUCAGAGGAAAUCCAGCAUCGAGUACAUAACCGGCGGUGGGAUGGGAUCGGUGGGAGGAAAGAUCCCUCUGGGUCUGAAACGCAAAGGUCUUCGGGUGGUGGUGACCGGUGGGGCCGGUUUCGUGGGGUCACACCUGGUGGACAGACUGAUGGCGAGAGGAGACAAUGUGAUCGUCGUCGAUAACUUCUUCACGGGGAGUAAAGAGAACGUGAUGCACCAUUUCGGGAACCCUAACUUCGAGCUCAUCAGGCACGACGUCGUCGAGCCGAUUCUUCUUGAGGUUGACCAGAUCUACCAUCUCGCUUGCCCUGCUUCUCCCGUGCACUACAAGUUCAACCCCGUGAAGACGAUCAAGACGAAUGUGGUGGGGACGUUGAACAUGUUGGGGCUGGCGAAGAGGGUGGGAGCGAGGUUCCUGCUGACGAGUACGAGUGAGGUGUACGGAGAUCCUCUGCAGCACCCUCAGGUUGAGACUUACUGGGGCAACGUUAAUCCCAUCGGUGUUCGGAGUUGUUACGACGAAGGGAAGCGUACGGCGGAGACGUUGGCCAUGGACUACCACAGAGGAGCUAAUGUUGAGGUUAGGAUAGCUCGGAUCUUCAAUACUUAUGGGCCAAGGAUGUGUAUUGAUGACGGUCGUGUUGUUAGCAACUUCGUUGCCCAGGCAUUAAGAAAAGAGCCAUUGACUGUUUAUGGCGAUGGCAAGCAGACUAGGAGUUUCCAGUUUGUCUCUGAUCUGGUGGAGGGUCUGAUGAGGUUGAUGGAAGGAGAACACGUUGGGCCAUUUAACCUUGGUAACCCUGGUGAAUUCACCAUGCUCGAGCUCGCUAAGGUGGUGCAAGAGACGAUAGACCCGAACGCAAAGAUAGAGUUUAGACCAAACACAGAGGACGACCCACACAAGAGGAAACCAGACAUAACAAAGGCCAAAGAGCUUCUAGGUUGGGAACCAAAGGUGGCUCUCCGCCAAGGACUCCCACUUAUGGUCAAAGAUUUCCGUCAGCGUGUCUUUGGCGACCAGAAGCAGGAGGAGACCACUUCUUCUUCGUCAACAGAAUAAAAUCUAUGUCUCCGCUGUAAGCUCAUAUAUAAACAACCCAUAACUCCAUGACCAUCGCAGCAGCAGCAGGAAUCAUAGGGACGGAACAUCCUUGUUUCUUUUCAUUUUUUUCACAUUCCUUUUUGUUAUUUUUCUCCUUGUCUGUCAAUGUAGUUGGUGAUGGGACCUCACACCGAUUUUGAAAUCUUUUUUUUACCGUA